AUGCCGCCAAAAGGGAAGAAGACGGAAGAGCCUACACGCACCUAUUUAGGUCGUCCUGGCAACAACGUCAAGAUCGGGAUCGCCGGCGUCCCAAACGUCGGCAAGAGCACGUUCUUCAACUGCCUGUCCAAGCUCCACAUCCCCGCCGAGAACUUCCCGUUCUGCACGAUCGAUCCGAACGACGCGGUCGUCCCUCUCCCCGACCAGCGCUUCAAUUGGCUCGUGGACAAGUACCAGCCCACGAGCGUCGUGCCGCCCGUGAUCUCGAUCACGGACAUUGCUGGCCUCGUCCGAGGCGCCGCAGAAGGUGCAGGUCUUGGCAAUGCCUUUUUGUCGCACAUCCAGGCCGUGGACGCCAUUUACCACAUGGUGCGAGCCUUUGACUCGACGGAAGUGACGCACGUCGAGGGCAAUGUGGACCCUGUGCGUGACAUGAAGAUCAUCCAGGAAGAGCUGCGUCUCAAGGACAUUGAGCGCGUGAAAAAAGAGGCGGUUGGUGUGAAGAAACUCGCUGAGCGUGGCCUUGGUGGCAAGGAGAAGAAGCUCGAGUACGAGGCGCUGUGCAAGAUCCAGGAGUGGCUCGAGGCGGGCAAAGACGUGUCGUUUGGCACGUGGUCAGCCCAGGAGGUGGAGAUCCUCAACACGAUGCAGCUGUUGACGGCCAAGCCCGUGGUCUACCUGAUCAACGUGAGCAAGCGCGACUACUUGCGCAAGAGCAACAAGUACUUGCCUCAGAUUGCCGAGUAUGUCAAGGAACGCGGUGGCAACGAGCCCGUGGUGCCGCUCAGUUGCGAGUUUGAGCUCGAGUUGCUCGACCUCGAGGCUGCGGGUCAGCUCGAAACGUACACGAAGGAGAACCCGACGCACAAGUCAGUGCUUAACCGUGUGCUCCGCAUGGGAUACCAGGCACUUGGUUUGAUCCACUUUUUCACGGCUGGCAAGGAUGAAGUGCGUGGCUGGACGAUCCGCAAAGGUCGAAUGGCACCUCAAGCUGCAGGUGUGAUCCAUACGGACUUUGAGAAGGGCUUCAUCAUGGCCGAAGUGCAGGCGUUUACCGACUUGAAAGAGCUGGGAACCGAAGAGGCGGUCAAGAAAGCUGGCAAGCUCAAGCAGCAGGGCAAGAAGUACGAGGUCCAGGACGGCGACAUUAUAUUCUUCAAGUUUAACAACUAG